AUGGACGGAGCUGCCAAUGGCGAGGAUCUCAUCAGCACUCUCCCCGACGAUGUCCUCCAUGAAUUCCUCCUCCGCCUCCCCUCCGCCGACGCAGCAGCUCAGACCAGCCUCCUUUCUCGCCGUUGGAGGUAUGUUUGGGCACACAUGCCGGAGGUACAAUUCUCGUACCCCGUAGAUCUACAUCGUGUCCGGUUAGCCCUCACCGCCUACGCCGCCCCAGUUCUACGUCGGCUACACAUCAUCACAUGUGAUGCAAAUCCAGAAGCAAUGACAACCAUACUUCGCCUUGCCGCACCCCGCCUCUCGGGAAGUCUCUUCUUCCACAAUGAGGAAUCCUUAGAUCCAGACGAGGAAGAGGAUGAGGAGGAAUGGAGGGUGUACUAUGAUGACGAAGAAGGGAUGGAUGGGGCCAUUGCUAGGGAAAUCGCUUCCGCCGAUGGGCUGACCAAUCUUGCCAUCCACUCAAAGUCCCUUCUCCAAAUUGUACUGGGUGAUGUUGCGAUGCAGCAACUCAUAGUCGAGGCGCCGAUGCUUACAGUUCUAGAUGUGCGUCGUUGCUUUGUUGGUCAACAGCCUAAAGCCAACAUUUUUGCCCCACUAUUGGAGAUACUCUAUUGGAUUGAUUUGUAUAAUCCAGCAACAGUCCAACUCACUAUGAAGAAAGACCUGAGGAAACUCAGAACCUAUUCCAUUAUGGUGUAUGGAGGAGCACCUCUUGACAAACACAAUUUGGAUUCUGCAAGGCUCUUGAAGUUCUUUGAGGCUAUCACAACACUUGAUCUGUUCCUACAAUACCCAAGUGACAUGAUUGACAUGCAAUACUUGAUGGGAAUGAUAACCAAGCUCCCCAAAACCGAGAACUUGUCCCUGGAGUUAUCUACAGAAGGACACAGGCCACAUGAUUUUGGACCUUGUGUGUUCUAUUUGCUUACAAUGGCUACUGGUAUAAGAAGCCUCAGUAUGAAAUUAGUUAUCGACAAUGAUGAACGAACUGUUUGCUCCUGGGACUGCAUUUGCCACCAGCCACAGGGCUGGGAAACUGAGCACAUCUCACUGGAUUCUCUCGAAGAAGUCGAAAUCUUUGGACUACUAAGAGCGAAACAUGAAUUCGUGUUUGUGAAACGGCUGCUGGGAUGGGCUGCCAAUCUGAAGAAAAUCACUCUGAACUUUGCCCCUUCAGUGGUUGUUACAGAUGAAGAGCGCCAGAAGCUGCUUGGCCUGGCCUCUCGCCCAGAAACCUGCAUUAAGAUCAACUUCAGUAAGGGUUAUGGUGGUGGAGUGCACCAGUAG